AAAUAACUUUCAAUUUAGACUUUUUAUCUGAGUAACUUUGACAUUUUCUCCCAAUUGCGACCCAACAUUCACAGAAUUGUGAGUUUAUUUCUCGAAAUUCCAGCUAAUUAACUCGCAAUUUGGAGUUUAAAUAACAGAAUUUUAAUUAAAAAAUAGUCCUUCUGUGUUAUUUUCAUCGAUUUUAAGGUUUUUCUGUCCAAGCAUCGUUAUGUUUCAGACAGGUUUUGCACACGUUUGUAAUGACUCUGCCCACACAAGCGGCGGCGCUGUACGUAAGCGCGCUCCUGAUUCCCGCUACCGGCGCGCGCGUGAUGACGCCACGGUCUCUGCAGCUCCACGCGCCGCCGCUCCGCUCGAGAGGAACCGACUCUCCGGGAAAUAAACAACAAAUAUCAGCAUAAAUACAAUACAGAUAUAACAAACAACCGGCGGAUCGGGAAUCAUGGCGACAACGUUCGAGCAGAUGAGAGCGAAUGUGGGGAAACUCCUGAGAGGAAUCGACAGGUAUAACCCAGAGAACCUGGCGACGCUGGAAAGAUACGUGGACACACAGGCCAGAGAGAACGCUUACGACCUGGAGGCCAACCUGGCCGUGCUCAAACUGUACCAGUUCAACCCAGCGUAUUUCCAGACCACAGUGACGGCUCAGAUUCUGCUGAAAGCUCUGACGAAUCUCCCGCACACAGACUUCACUCUCUGCAAGUGCAUGAUCGACCAGACCCACCAGCAGGAGGAGCGGCCGAUCCGACAGAUCCUGUACCUCGGAAACCUGCUGGAGACCUGCCACUUCCAGAGCUUCUGGGCCAGUCUGGAGGAGAACAGGGAUCUGAUUGAUGGGAUCACAGGAUUUGAGGAGUCUGUGCGUAAAUUCAUCUGUCAUGUAGUGGGAAUCACGUAUCAGAACAUCGAGUACCGUCUGCUGGCCGAGAUGCUGGGAGAUCCUCUGGACACACAGGUGAAGGUGUGGAUGAAUAAAUACGGCUGGACGGAGAACGAGGACGGUCAGAUCUUCAUCCAUAACCAGGAGGAGAGCGUCAAGCCCAAGAACAUCGUGGAGAAGAUCGACUUCGAGAGUGUGUCCAGCAUCAUGGCUACAUCGCAGUGACCACACACACACACACACACUCUACAAUAAACUCAUUUCACGUGAG